AUGGACACAAGAAAUGAUGGACUCGGUGAUGACAUCGAACUGAGCAUUCAGGGAGCGAGCAAAUCCAGCGACGCACCAAAGAAAUCAACAUUGCCGGAGAGAGGCUCAUGGGGUAGCAAGUUAGAUUUUAUUCUAUCUGUGGUGGGAUUGGCCAUCGGUUUGGGCAAUGUGUGGCGGUUCCCAUACCUCUGCUACAAGAAUGGAGGAGGCGCUUUCCUCAUACCCUACUUCCUCACAUUGUUCCUGGCUGGUAUCCCCAUGUUCUUCAUGGAGUUGGCCAUGGGACAAAUGCUUACGAUCGGCGGUCUGGGAGUGUUCAAGAUUGCGCCGAUUUUUAAAGGAAUUGGAUACGCCGCGGCUGUCAUGUCGUGUUGGAUGAACGUUUACUACAUCGUGAUUUUGGCAUGGGCCAUCUUCUACUUCUUCAUGUCUAUGCGAUCUGACGUGCCCUGGCGUGAUUGUGACAAUUACUGGAACACCGACACCUGCGUCAAUCCAUACGACCGUAAGAACUUAACUUGCUGGUCAUCAAUGGACAUGACCACGUAUUGUACCCUGAACGGAAAGAAUGUCAGCAAGGCCCUCCUUUCUGAUCCUGUCAAGGAAUUCUGGGAACGGCGAGCUCUACAAAUCUCGAGCGGUAUAGAACACAUUGGUAACAUCCGUUGGGAGCUGGCUGGUACACUUCUUCUGGUCUGGAUCCUGUGCUACUUCUGCAUCUGGAAGGGAGUGCGCUGGACUGGAAAAGUCGUCUACUUCACAGCACUUUUCCCGUACUUCUUGCUAACUGUAUUGCUUAUUAGAGGAAUAACUCUACCCGGUGCAAUGGAGGGAAUAAAGUUCUACAUAAUGCCGAACAUGUCAAAGUUAUUCGAGUCGGAAGUAUGGAUCGACGCGGUCACUCAAAUCUUUUUCUCGUAUGGUUUGGGUCUGGGAACUCUAGUAGCGCUCGGAAGUUACAACAAGUUUACUAACAACGUUUAUAAAGAUGCCCUGAUAGUCUGUACGGUGAACUCCAGUACAUCGAUGUUCGCUGGUUUCGUGAUCUUCUCUGUAGUUGGAUUCAUGGCUCAUGAACAGCAGAGACCGGUAGCUGAAGUGGCUGCGUCAGGACCUGGAUUAGCUUUCUUAGCAUAUCCAUCAGCCGUACUCCAACUUCCCGGAGCACCAUUGUGGUCGUGCCUGUUCUUCUUUAUGCUGCUCCUCAUCGGUCUGGACAGUCAGUUCUGCACCAUGGAAGGCUUCAUCACAGCUGUGAUCGACGAAUGGCCGAAACUACUCAGAAGGAGGAAGGAAAUAUUCAUAGCUAUUACGUGUGUCAUAUCAUAUUUGGUUGGGCUGUCUUGUAUUUCUGAGGGUGGUAUGUAUGUCUUCCAAAUUCUGGACUCCUACGCUGUAUCUGGCUUCUGCUUGUUGUUCCUGAUCUUUUUCGAGUGCGUGUCGAUCUCCUGGGCGUUUGGAGUGAACCGGUUCUACGAUGGCAUUAAAGAGAUGAUUGGCUACUACCCAACUAUCUGGUGGAAGUUCUGCUGGGUCGGAUUUACACCUGCUAUAUGUAUUAGCGUGUUUAUAUUCAACUUGGUACAAUGGACUCCGAUUAAGUACAUGAACUAUGAGUAUCCCUGGUGGUCUCAUGCCUUCGGUUGGUUCACUGCUCUAUCGUCUAUGCUGUGCAUCCCUGGGUACAUGAUUUAUCUCUGGCGUGUGACUCCAGGGACACCAAUGGAGAAAUUCCACACGAUCGUUCGAAUCCCCGAAGACGUACCGGCCUUACGGACCAAGAUGCAGGCUGAGGAGCUAGCCAAGCACGGCAAAGCCUAA